GUUUUUUUCUGUAGCUUCCGCCCAUGAGGCUUCCGCAUCAACAUGGCGGCGCCCAUGACUAGGAUACUCACAGCAUUUCAGCGAGCGACAUGGAGCAGUUUAAAGGUUGUCAAACCCUCAGUGGGUGUGCGGCAACACCCGGUGCCACUUCUCGUGCCCGUGAGGACCAAGAAGCGUUACUUCAUCCCUCCAGCUGUGGGCCUGAAGAGCAAGAGGGACAUGAACCCAGAGGCCAAGGCGCGAGCGGCCGGCGUUGUGCUCCGACAGGAAUACAUAGAGCGGCCCAUCAACAUCUCCUGCACCGCGGGAAUCUUUGACCCCUACGUCCCUCCAGAGGGAGACGCUCGUUUGUCGUCAUUGUCAAAAGAAGGUUUAAAGCAGCGCACCGAGCAGAUACGACAGAGCGCCUCCUCGCAGCUGGCGAUUCGUAAGAUAAAAGAGUUUGAUUCGGAGUUUUCCACAAAGGGUUUCGCUGAGCGAGCUCAAGAACUCUUCAUCGAGGCCCACAACGCACUGUGCACGUUCAACAAAGAGAAACUUCACUCGCUGGUGACAGAGCGAUGUUACCCCGAAAUGACCAGAGGGAACCGCUACAAGACCCUCCGCUGGCGUUUUGUGGAGUCGCUGGAGGCCCCCAAGGUGGUCCACGCCCGCUGCCCUGACAUGGUCACCAAGGGCAACUUGUACGGCCAGGUGACGGUGCGCAUGCACUCCAGACAGACUCUGGCCAUCUAUGACCGCUUUGGAAGGUUGAUGUUGGGCAGCGAGGAGCAACCAAAGGACGUCUUGGAGUACUUGGUGAUUGAGCGACACCUCGUCAACCCCUACGGCCGAUGGCGGCUCCAUGGAAAGAUCAUGCCAUCCUGGGCCCCUGCCAAGGACCCCAUCAUUAAGACUGUAGCGAUCCCGGGUCCAGACCUGAAGCCGGGAGAAGAAUUCGAGGCCCUCAACUAUCAAGUUCCCAAAGCGCAGGCAGUGCAGUGGUCUAAAUGAGCCACCGGGUGGUGCUGCUUCAAACCACAGUAGGACAUGCAAAGCUUUUUUUUUUUUGUCACUAAACAUCAGCAGGCAGGAUGAUCGUUGAUCAUUCACACGUCAUGUGUACGAGUAGAGAAAAUGGCGAUAAACAGAUGUUCACGAAUGCUAAGAUUUAUUUCUCAUGACUCUCCUGUAUUGUUACCAUUGGGAAGUACAAAAAUAAAAUGUCCCUACUUGCCCGGCAAAAUAACAAUAAUAAUAAUCUGAGCAAUCUGUCAUAAAAGACACACACUCGCUUUCUUACUUCCUACAUGAAUAUGUUUAUACUUUCCUUCAACAAGACAAACAUUCAUAAAACUCAUCCAAUAAAAAACACCUGAUAAAUCAUUAAAUGAUAGCAAAGGGAAUGAUAUUGUACUUUUCCACCGUCAUGCUGCUAAAAUAACA